CUUUUGGUCAUUCCCCUCCUAAAAAACACAUUUUCCUGCUCUACAUCAAAAUCACUCUCAAUCCUCUUCACUCACUCACUCUCUCUCACUCCUUUCACUCUCUCUGCUGCAUCCUGAAAAGGUAAACCCAAGGGGAUGGCACCAAUCAAUCCAGCCAUUUCCCAUAUUACCCCAACAACCACACUAACCUAUUUCCUCCUCCUCCUCCUCGCCACCACCACUACUACCACCCCAAUUUUAGCCAUAACCAAUUUAACAGCCCUCCUCUCCUCCUUCCCUGACUUCUCCUCCUUCACUUCCCUCAUCACCUCCAUACCCUCUCUAACCUCAGACCUUUCUGACCGAUCUGCCCUUACUCUCUUAGUCAUUCCAAAUUCUUAUCUUUCCUCCUCUUUAGACCUCACGCGCCGCCUCUCUCCAUCUGCCCUCGCCGACCUCCUUCGUUACCACAUCCUCCUCCAAUACCUCUCCUCCUCCGACCUCCACCAAGUUCCCCCCUCUGGGGCCCUCAUUACCACCCUCUUCCAAACCACCGGCCGUGCCUCCUCUAACUCUGGCUCUGUUAACAUCACUCGAAACCCAGUAACAAAUGCAAUCACUAUCUCCUCUCCAUCCCCGUUUUCCUCCUCAAACGCCACGGUUUUGUCCUUGAUAAUGACUCUUCCUUACAAUGUUUCCAUAAUUUCAGUGAAUUCUCUGUUAGUCCCAUAUGGUUUUGAUUUGAUGGCAUCAGAAACAAGGCCUACAUUGGGUUUGAAUAUCACUAAAGCAUUACUUGAUGGCCACAGUUUUUUGGUCGCAGCUUCUUUGUUAUCUGCUUCUGGAGUAGUACAGGAAUUUGAAGCUGAUGAAGGAGGAGCUGGGAUAACUCUUUUUGUGCCUACAGAUUCUGCUUUUUCAGAUCUGUCGGCAACUGCUAUCAGUCUACAGUCAUUGCCAGCUGAUAAGAAAGCUGAUGUCUUAAAAUUUCAUGUCUUGCAUUCCUAUUACCCUCUGGGUUCCUUGGAGUCUAUCGUUAAUCCUGUGCAGCCUACAUUGGCUACUGAAGAUAUGGGUGCUGGCAGUUUUACGCUGAAUAUUUCGAGGGUUAAUGGGUCAGUUGCGAUUGAUUCAGGGAUUGUUCAGGCGUCUGUUACGCAGACUGUUUUUGACCAGAACCCUGUUGUCAUUUUUGGUGUUUCGAAAGUGCUUUUGCCUAAAGAGAUUUUUGGGAGGAAUCCUGUGUUGACUAGUAAGCCAGGGAAUACUGAUAUGGGAAAUGCACAGCCGCCUGUCAGUGCUUUGUCACCAGAGAAUUCGCCGAAAAUGCUGUCGUCUGCUCCAGGUGUUAGAGAAGAGAUUAAGUCUGGAGUUGGAGGGUUGCAGUGGUUGAGUACUCUACAUUUGCUUUGUGUUGUUUUUGUAUGCAAUUGUAUUUAGUGGUAUGUGUUUUAAUUAUUUUGCACUUGAUAAUCAAAGAUUUUUUUUUUUUUUUUUGGGGGGGGGGGGUGUACACUUUAUUGAAUUGAAUUUGGCUACAAAAGUAGCUUUUUUUGUGCUUUUCUUUGUAUGUGGCACUGUAGAGGGAGAUGUCUAAGUGUGAAUUGUGUAGCUUCUUGAAUAAUUUAUAUCAUAAGAGCAUCAUAUUUUCUCUGGCA